UCUUCAACAUAUGAAACGCAUGUUCAGUUGGAUUCAGAUCCGGUGUCUGACUUGGCCAGUCAAGAAUAUUCCAGUUUUUAACUUUGAAAAACUCCUUUGUGGCUUUAGCAGUUUGUCUGGGUUCAUUGUCUUACUGUAGGUUGAAACACCAUCCAAUGAGUUUGUGAAUGUUUCUGAUCUGUCAAACAGACGUUUGGAGGUUUUUCUUCAUUAUGAUGAGAAUUAAUUGGUCAGCAACUGUAGAGGUCUUCCUUGGCCUACCAGGUCCUUUGUGAUUACACCAGUGUUCUCUUUUCUUCUUAGUGAUGUUCCAGACAGUUUAUUUUGGUAAGCCUAAGGUUUGACCUAUGUCUGUGACUGUUUUUCCUUAUUUCUCAGUCUCCAAACGGCUUCCUUGACUUUCACUGGCACAGCCCUGGUCCCCAUGUUGACAAAUGCCAACAACAGACUCCAAAGGCAACCAAAAGCCUAGAAUUGAAAACUAGUGCAGUAAUUUCUACGUGAUGAGACUACACAACUAUACCCUUUAAUAAAAGCUAAGAAUAUGCAUUUUAUCAUGUGAAAUGUUUGACUACAAAUGAUGGAGUACAGGGUCAAAUAUAUAUAUAUAUAUAUAUAUAUAUAUAUAUAUAUAUAGGAAGUGUGUAUAUAUAUAACUGUCCUAAACAUUACGGAGGACACUGUACACGUUUGAAUGGAGUGCAGCUUUAAGGAGAGGAGAGAGAACGUUGGCAAAAUAUCAGCUUGAAGCUGUGAACAUUGAAGAUUUUUUCUGUUGAAAAAUAGUGUGUGCCAAUCCAUUCGCUACAACUUUUUACAAUAAAUACGCUAUUAUGAGUCAAGUCAUUAUAACUAAGUAUUGUUGGUGGCUUUCUAAAGAAAUACAACUUAAGACACACGUUAAUUACAUCGAAAUAGAAUAUUCUAACCAUCCUUUCAACUUUUAUAACGACUACCCUAGUAAAUCUGUUAUCGGUAAGCAGCAAAGCUUUGGGUUACAUCUGCGUUGGCUACACCCCUCCAGUGGGGUCAAACUCAAGGAUUGUUGUAUGAAUUGUUAUGUUUUACCAACACGUCCAUAACUGGACAAAGUCGAAACAAAAAGAGGCUGAACGUCGUGCACGUACGUAUAAUUACACGCAAAGCAUCAAGGGUGUCUUUGGCUCCAUCGUCGCAACUGAGAUAACUGCCUCCAGAUUUUCAGCGUGCAGAUGCUGCAAUUUUGUAUUCGUUUCCGUAGUGUCAUUAUUUCCGUUUCCACUCGGAGAAACGCGCUCUGGCUUUGUAUGGUGAUAUACGUAUCCAGCUGCUGUCAACUUCUGGACUUUAUAAUCCGCUUUACCUACAUUUCGCCUUCGCCAUGGGGGACAUUGAGUCUCCCGACUCGACUCCAACGCGCCAGGCUGGAUUUUUCGCCCUUCUCCCAACCAAAGAGUUCGUCACUUCACGGAAAGGGCAACUUCUCAUUGCUGAAGUGGUCCUGUCCUUUAUCACCUUUGUGUGUUUCGUGGCGUCCACGGCGGCCGCCUUCAUCACAGCCCCCCUCAUCGAGUUCCUUUUGGCCUUCUUCCUCCUCUUCGCCUACUCCACCAAGAUCAACGAGCGCUUCAAGGGCUUCCACUGGCCCCUGAUGGAUUUUCUGCGCUGCGUCAGCGCUUCCAUCAUCUAUUUCAUCAUCUCCAUCAUCGCCGUCUCCAAAUACACAGACGGGGCGUCCAAAGCAGCGGGGGUGUUUGGGUUCAUUGCGACCAUUGUCUUCGCUUUGGAUUUUUACCUGAUCUUUAACGACCUCGCGAACUUCCUCAAGCAAGGCGGGGACUCUGCUGACGGGCCACCAGCAGAUAACGACUCCGAUUCGGACUCCGACUGAAACUCGGUUCUCAAGAGGACCCCGUGACCGUCCACAACCGUGCCUGACAAGACGACGCCAUUCCAGAAGAUGUGAGGUCAUCCAGGAAUCAGAAUUUUAUUGCAACUUGCAAUUAUUUAAAAAAGGUUUGAGCGUUCUGAUCCGGAGUCUUUGAGACUACGGCACAGGGUUUUGUAUUUUAGCCUACCUGGAAAAAAUGUGAUGGGUGAAGCUUCCGGAAAGUCCAUAUGUGAAAUCCUCACGUGUUGCCAAAGAUUGUGUGAUUUGGACCACUCAUAAAGCUAUGCCUUGACUUUAUACAAAGUGAUUUAUAAACCUGUGUUACUAUCGUUAUGGCUAGAGGCAUUGAGUCCUUAAAAAAUGAAAUCCGACUUUUUGAAAACUCAUUAUAUAGUGUUUUUUUUCUUCAGCAGUUCAAAUGGCAAACCUGACAAAUCUGCAUUUCUGUGCCUGGUUUACUAUAAAGCAUCAUUUUGGAGCUGUUAUUGACAGUUCUUUGCAGCAUUUGUAAAUCCAUACAGUAGUUUAGAUGAUUUACACAUAUGCAAGCACGUAUGCCCUUAAGUAUUUGACUUGCUUUAUGGCAAGUUGGGGAAGAGAGGAUGAGUAUACAAGUGACACUAUGGUUUAUUUCUUGCUUUUACAUUGUUUUUUCCUAGGAGAAAUAAUUUUGCAUUUUUCUUUUUUAUAAUGCAUAACACGUUUUGGAAAAAUAGUACGAAAACAGGGGCACUUGAUACCCCCAAGCCCAAAUCCAAAAUGUUAAAAUGUGUUCUGCUUGAUUCAGAACUGGCUUUGAAUGCCAAAACUGAAUGCUUUCUUAAUUUCGACUUAAGUGUACUGAAAUGUUUACGCUACAAAACCCAUUGGCAGCUGGCUGGCUGGAUACACCAUCUGCCCAAUGGCUAACAUGCUAACAUAGAUGGCUUGGCCUGGUUCUUAAAAUCUGUGAGAGAUAUAUUAGCAUUUCACUGUAAAUAGAUUCACAUUGCUACCCAGCGGACAAUAUCAUUUUUUUAUAAUGUUGUGGCAAUGCUGUGACAAGCAUUACCUGGGUGGUUAGCCUUCUAGCAAAUCACUGCCCAAAUAUCUUUGCCCACUGAACUGCUAUUAAGCUCAAUUAAUCUCAGGGUUCCAAUAUAGGAAGCCUUAUCCUUCCAUAAUAACAGCGCUAAAUAAUUAUGGCUUUGAAAAAGCUUUGUGUGCUCUCACUGAUUGUACAAUCAUUUAUUUUCAUUUUACAUUGAAAUUGGAAAAAAAAAAAAAAAAAAACAACCAGAUAAACAUAUUGCCACUUGUAUUUAUUGGCCACAUUCAUCAUUUGUUUUUCCUCUGUCAGAUUUUCCCCCCCGAGGAACAAAACCUGUGUUUACUGCACUUUCGGUGCGGCCAUUUUGACUGCAGAAAUUCAGAUCACGUCGCGUUCUGGAGGCAAAUCUGGCAGGCUGCAAAGCCAACAACAUACUGCUUGUCUGAAGUGUUCCUACAUCAUACGCAGAUGUCAGACCAAGUAAACGUUUU